GCAGCAGACAAUAGCCAACCAAAACCAGGCGCAGCUUUAGUUAGCCAAAUAGGCGCACGUUAACGGGAGUGGUGGUGCGUCUUAUGAGGGAUGCGCACAACUCAGCACUACUUCUCCGCUUUCUGCUAGUGUGCACUGCUGUUGUCUGGCGUGCGCCGAUUGUACACUCUCCUAUCGUGCGCACCUCGUCUCUUCCAAAUCCGCCUAAUAACAACACCAUCACCACCUUCAUUAGCCACUGUAAUAAUAAGGCUCAUCGCACCGAGCCCAACGAGAUCUUGGGUCCAAGCCUCCGAGCCAUGUCCAAAGCUCGUGUCUACACAGACGUCAAUGUCCUUCGCCCUAAAGAGUACUGGGACUACGAGUCCCUCGCUGUUCAAUGGGGUGAUCAAGAUGAUUAUGAGGUUGUUCGCAAAGUAGGAAGGGGAAAGUACAGUGAGGUUUUCGAAGGCAUAAAUGUCAAUAGCAAUGAGCGGUGCAUUAUCAAGAUCCUUAAACCUGUUAAGAAAAAGAAGAUCAAGAGAGAAAUAAAAAUUCUUCAGAACCUUUGCGGAGGCCCUAAUAUUGUCAAGCUUCUCGAUAUUGUUAGAGAUCAGCACUCCAAAACUCCUAGUUUGAUAUUUGAGUAUGUGAACAGUACUGACUUCAAAGUUUUGUAUCCCACCCUCACUGAUUAUGACAUUCGCUACUACAUUUAUGAGCUUCUCAAGGCACUAGACUACUGCCAUUCACAAGGAAUAAUGCAUCGUGAUGUCAAGCCUCACAAUGUUAUGAUAGACCACGAGUUGCGAAAACUCCGCUUGAUAGACUGGGGUCUUGCCGAAUUUUACCAUCCAGGGAAGGAGUAUAAUGUCCGUGUGGCUUCAAGAUACUUUAAGGGUCCUGAACUUUUAGUUGACCUUCAAGAUUAUGACUACUCUUUAGACAUGUGGAGCCUUGGUUGCAUGUUUGCUGGAAUGAUAUUUCGCAAGGAACCAUUUUUCUAUGGUCAUGACAACCAUGAUCAGCUUGUUAAAAUUGCUAAGGUACUUGGGACUGAUGAGUUAAAUGCAUAUUUAAACAAAUAUCAGUUGGAGCUUGACUCGCAACUUGAUGCACUUGUUGGGAGGCACAGCAGGAAACCCUGGUCUAGAUUUAUUAAUGCAGAUAACCAGCACCUAGUUUCCCCAGAGGCAAUUGAUUUUCUUGAUAAGCUUCUCCGAUAUGAUCAUCAGGACAGGCUUACUGCAAGAGAAGCAAUGGCCCAUCCAUAUUUUUCUCAAGUGAGGGCAGCAGAAAGCAGCCGGAUGCGAACGCAAUAAUAGCCUGAUCGAUACUUGGUUAUGUAUAAACCCGUUGGAGAAUGUACUAUAUAUCGCUUUCAACGUAUUGCUUCCGUUAUUGAACUAUAGGCCAUUUAAGCAAAUGGGUUUUUUGCAUCCCUUGUCGAACUACUGCCCAUUGAGAUUGACAAAUGGGUUUUGAACAUUUUAUUGCUUAUUGAAGGGUUUGAGUGAAUUCAGAUCAGGGGUAUUUCGAGCUUGAUUAUAAUUAAAAAUGUAUGUUAUUUUAGCAAAAACACUUGGAUAUUCAUUAAGAAUUAUUGGUAACGUUGCUGCAAUAUGAUGCAGAUCAACUGAAUUCAUACCUUACUAUUAUUAUUA